GAUGGUCUAUGAUCUGCGUUUGUUAUUUUAUAGGUUUGUCUACUGUUCGUGCACGCUUGGUGAUGCUGCGAUGUCAUGUAUAAAUACAUAUUUGAGGAACAUGUAGGCUACUCGUGUCAAAAUUGCCCAGAUGCAGAGCUGUAUUACCACGGCGUCCGUGCUAUCUCCAGUUACAGCACACCACCACAACGCAGCUGAAAUAAUGGUAUCCUUCGAUUACAGGGCAUCGAACUAAAAUGAUAUUUUAGUCACGUUUCAGCCAAUAUUCAUAUCCGUUAUUACUGAUUGGGUUGACAUUCUGCAUGGCUGUCCUGCGGUAGCGUGACAACUUGCGAGCCAACGUUUGUGAUUACGCCUAAAUCUGAGCAUCACUUGCAUGAUGACAAACUCAGUCGACAUACACACUCAGUUAGCCUCUAUUAUGGAGGUAUUUGCCAAAUCAGCACUUGCGGAGAUGAGUAAAGCCAUUGACAACGACUCGACACUGUUACGUCAAGAGAUAUCCAGAAGAGAAAGGGAGAUCGAAGCACUCUGGCGGCGACUGCAACUGACUGAAAACGAGCUGAAGUCCGCGCGACAGACCCAAGCCAAGAAGUCACCAGCCAACUCGCGCUCCGUUGGAAUCCAAGUAAAUGACGGGGCAUCGCGUGCGCAAGCUGGCAUCUCCCACUGGUCCAGUUCGCUUAUUCCAGACAGAGGAUCCACGUCAGAGUGGAAAGACGCCAUAGGACAGGCAUUCCCUCUACAGGUGGAGGUGGAUGAGGAAGAGGAGGAUGAAGAGGAGCACGGACCAUUUCAGAUCAAAGAAGAGAAGGCUGAAGAGGAGCAGUGGAACAAGGGGGAUGGUGGGGCGCUGGUGGACGGUGGGGAGUGCUGGGAGGAGGACGUGGAGGAGGAGUCCACAAGCACACCUGGGGAAGUAGAGCCCCUGGGUCAGCGUGCGCCCGGUGAGCCGAAACUCUACAGUGCAUCAUGGGAGGACUGCGACCCAGAGGAGGGGGAAGCCAGCAUAGACCCCGCCCACCCAGCAGAGGACCCUCAUCCCCCGCCCCCGCCUGCCCUCCCACUAUCACAUCACCACGCCGACGUCUCCAGCGGUUACAGCUCCGCCGCCGACCACCCGUCCGUGUCUGUCGGGGUCGGCGUUGUUGCUGGGGGCGUUGGCGGCGGUGUUGCCGGAGCUUCAGGGGAGGUUGGCGGUGCGGAGGGCCGAGGUGGUGACGGCGGGGUCGGGAAGCGGUCGCGGUGCGGCCAGUGCGGCAAGACGUUCACCACGCACUUCUACCUGAAGAUCCACCAGCGCAUACACACAGGGGAGAGACCCUUCACAUGCACAGCCUGCGGAAAGAGGUUCUACUGCACGUCUCACCUGAUCUCCCACCAGCGCUGCCACACAGGAGAGAAGCCGUACAGCUGUCUGGAGUGUGGCAAGGCCUACUCACACCUCAACUCCCUCAAGCUGCACCAACGCAGCCACGCAGACGACCAGGGCCUCGGGUACGCCUGA